AUGAUUGACUAUAAGCCGGUGUCUACACCAAUGUCACCAAAACCGAAGUUGUCUCUCACAUCUGGUACUCUCUUUGAUGAUCCAAGCAAGUAUCGUAUGGUAUUAGGCAGCCUUCAAUAUUUGUCGUUCACCCGGCCUGAUAUCGCUUAUGCGGUGAACAAGAUGUCUCAAUUUAUGCAUCGCCCUACUGAUAUGCAUUGGCAGGAUGCAAAACAGAUUCUCCGCUACCUCGCUAGAACCCUCUCUCAUGGUAUUUACCUUCGCCCUAAUGCUCCUCUUGCACUACAUGCAUACUCCGACGCCGAUUGGACCGGUGACUCCGACGACAUGGUCUCCACCAACGCCUACCUUAUCUAUCUUGGUUCGGCUCCAGUUUCUUGGUCCUCUAAGAAGCAAAGAGGAGUGGCUUGCUCAUCCACCGAAGCAGAAUAUAGGGCUGUCGCAAAUACAACCGCUGAACUACGUUGGCUCACUUCUUUACUUACGGAACUUGGCGUUAGGCUUCCGACUUCUCCGGUGGUUUACUGUGACAAUGUAGGCGCCACGUAUCUAUGUGCUAACCUCGUCUUCCAUUCUCGCAUGAAACACAUAGCUUUGGACUAUCACUUCAUCCGUGAGCAGGUUCAAUCGGGUGAGUUAAGGGUCGAACAUGUCUCCACGAAGGACUAG